ACCGUCAGAGUACAAUUAUAUCAUUGCUGUGGCGCUGUGUGAAAAGAGAUACGGAUACGCCCAAUAUCACUUAAAUCUGCUGAGAGUGAAAGGCUAUCAGCAAGUACCGUGUGUCAGAAUAAACGUCCUUGUUUGGUUAGAACAAAUAGUGCAGGAAAGUGGGACUAAUCCGCACAGAAAGCAAAUGAGGACCAUAUGUAUCGCUGUUUUCCUGACUAUUGCGUAUUUUAAAAAUGUUGACUCAUCAAUCGAUACCAUAGAAACCAUAUCAACAAUGACAAGCAACGAUGGAACUACCAUUUCACCGUCCUCUGAAAAUACUACAUCACCAUCGUCUGAAAGUACCACAUCACCCACCACUGCAAAUGUAACAAGCACUGAGUCUUCAACUGAAUUUUUCUCCAGUACAUUGACAAAUGGGUCCUCCAUGACUACUACUACUACUAAGGAGAAGACGACAUCAGGUGUUACUGCAGAAUCAUCAACUGCUGACGUCACGACAACGUAUACAACAGAAACAAACACGUCAGCAGAUACCACAACCACAAUAAACGAAACAAGUGAACCAACAGCAACAACAGAUCCGGAAGUAACAAGCACAACAGACCCGUCAGCCACAGAAGAACAGGGAACAAGCACAACAGACCCGUCAGCCACAGAAGAGCAGGGAACUGGCACAACAGACUCGUCAACCACAGAAGAACAAGUAACAAGCACAACAGAACACAGCAACACGCCAACUGGAUCAACACACUCAGCAGCAGAAACAACAACACACUUAGCAACAGAAGAAACAACAAAUGACGAGACCUUUACUAGUCCGGAGUCUACUGUUGAUGGAACAAGUUCAGAGUCUUCCAUUGAUGCAACAACUUCGACAGAGGAAACAACAUCAUCUAUUCGAACAACAACCAUGGCACCGACGUCAACAACACCGUCAAAUAUCAAUGAUAUAAUACAUGUAGAUACAGCAAAUGCAGUAAUGACGGUGUCGCUAGAAGUCAUAUUCAUCAGCUGUGUGUUAGAAGAGGACGCCAGGCAAAACAUGAGUGAUGCUCUUUCUGAAAUUCAUGGAUUCAGAUCAGUGGUCAUUGAAAAUAGCGAAAGCUGCCUGAGGAACACAAAUGGAAGGAAAAUCACAUUCAAAGUGUUUCUUGAGGCACGAGUUCUUCUCGAGAAUCGAGAAAAUAUAACAUCAGAGAUCAACUCGACAGUUGGGAGCAUCAGUAACGUGAAAAGUUUGUUGGCUUUUAAGAUGCCAGACGACAUGUGUCAUUCCGAUGUUUGUCGGGAAGCCCUUUUAGAACACAAGGGAUAUAACUGCGAAUCCGAUAGCCCGGAUGGAAACUGUUCUUUAGUUUCCCCAUGCCACAUUUUGACAUGUGAAAAUGGAGGAACGUGCUCCGUGGAAGCGAAUCGUACACACUACAACAGUGUUUGCAAAUGUAAAGAAGAUGAUAUGUACAGCUUUUCUGGAAUAGAGUGUGAGAAUAAAACCAUUUCGUGGAAGUUGUGGACGAUCAUCGCUGCCGGAGCAGGAGGAGGAAUCAUUGUCAUUCUUCUCUUUGCUGUUGGUAUAAUCUGCGCAAAAAGGAAAUCGAUGUCUUCGAAAGAGGGGGUCUAUGGUUAUGAUAUGGGGUAUGACGACCGUGAGAACUUGAUGUUUGAGCCUUAUCUUAGUAGUCAUGAACACCACAGAAAACCGCUAUCGAAAGAUGAAAGAAUGGAACAAACGAAUUUACAGACAUUUGAUAACCAGGGAUACGAUCAGUGGGACCCUUCAGAGAGCAAAGACACAUACGCCUCUAUGGAUAGACACUUCCAGAGUCCCAGCUUCCAAACACAGAUAACAAGACCUAAGAUAAAAACAAAUAAAGACAAUGAUGACCAGCUCACGCCAUUUUGAUGACGCCACGUUCAAAGCACAGUUCUCUGGCAGAUCCUCCCCCCAGAUCCACUGGAAAUCGGAUCACUUUGGAAAAAUAGAAUUCAAUUAAAAUUCUGUUUUGUGAAGCAUGAGACAAACGUUUGCUGUUAACGAUUUCAAGUCCAAAAUGGAAGUUAUGGUGCUGUUGAUCAUUGUUUACAUAUAUAUUAGACCAUGAAGUUUGAGAAUUACGUUGUUCUUUGUACGUGUGCUUCUAAUCAUUAAAACGUUAUUUGUCUUUUUCUUUUAAUUUCUCAAUGUAAUCAUAUUUAACAUACCUUUUUAAUGUUAUGUCGUUUAAAACAUACAUGUAUCGAGAUUAAUAAAACCAGCAAACAUUUUCA